AACCAAGUGUCUGUUAAGUGUUAUUUUAACCUGGUUUAUUGUUUAAAUAAUUAAAUUAUUAAUAAAUUAAAGUGUUAUUAUUAUUUUUGAAUAUGAAUCCCAGUGAUUUUCCAGACUCGGAUGAUGAGUUUGAUUUUGAUGUUUCUUCUUCAACAGUUUCAAAUAAACAAACAACUAAUUUAAAAAAUGGUGAUAAAACAUCUGAAGUAUCAAAAAACACAAAAACAUUAUCAGUUAAUGUAGCAUCAGAUUAUCCAGAUUUUGAUGAUGAAUUUGAUAUUGAUAUUGAUGAAUUUAAUACUCAAGGAUCUAUUCAAUCAUCAAAUAAUAAAAAAACAUUACCGGCUAAUGUAGCAUCAGAUUUUCCAGAUUUUGUUGAUGAUUUUGAUAUUAAUACUGAUGAUUUUGAUACUCAAGGAUCUAUUAAAGCAUCAACAUCAACUCAAAAACAACCUGAUAAUGUAUCAAUUAAUUGGAAAUCUUCUGUUGAAUCUAGAAACAAAACAACACUACAAAAUUCAGAUUUUCCAGAUUCAGAUGAUGAAUUUAACAUGACACCAUUAAUAACAACACAAAAUACAACACCAAUAAUACAACCAAUAAUACAAAAUAAACGUAAUUAUAAUGAUAUAAUUGGAGAUGAUAAUUUUGAUUUUGAUAAUGAUGAUGAUGAUUUUGAUCAACAUAGAAAUAAAAAACUUUGUUGGGAUAAACCAGAUGAAGUAUUAAAAGCAAUAAAAGCAAUGAAAUAUGAUAAAAUAAAAAAACCAGAUGCAAAUAAAAAAUUAUUAGAUAAUAAAAAAAAUAAAAAUAUAUCAUUGAGUGUACCAAGUUGGAAUUUUAUUGCAUUAACAAGAGAAUCAGAUGCACAAAGAAUUUAUAUACGUUUAAAACAAGAUUCAAAUAAUCAAAGUAUUAAUAAACCAAUAAAACCAAUUGGUGGUUUAUUAUUAGUUAAUUAUGAAACAUUAAAAAUGGAAGCUGAAAAAAUAAUAAUAAAUAAUGUUAAAAAAGCAAGUAUUGUAGAAAAAUUAACAUCAACAGUUGCAACAAAAAAAUCAAAAUAUAAUGAUCAAUUAUGGGUUGAUAAAUAUCGUCCAAAAUCUUAUGUUGAAUUAUUAUCAGAAGAAGCAGUUAAUUGUGCAUUAUUAUAUUGGAUUAAACUUUGGGAUAAAGUUGUAUUUAAUAGUGAUAUUAAAAUGAAUAAAAAACGUAUUGAAUCAGCCAUGUAUCAUAUUAAUAGUGGAGGUGGUGGUUUUAAUAAAUAUAAAAAGAUUGAUAAUAAAGAAGAAGCUGAGUUAGUUGAUAAAAAAAAUUUUCCAAUACAAAGAAUAGCAUUAUUAACUGGACCACCUGGUCUUGGUAAAACAACAUUAGCACAUCUUGUUGCUCAUCAAGCUGGUUAUAAUGUUGUUGAUAUUAAUGCAAGUAAUGAUAGAAAUCCUGAAUCAUUUAGACAAGUAUUAUUAUCAUCAACACAAAUGAAACCAUUAAUUGGAACAAAUGAUAGUAUUGGACGUCCAAAUUGUCUUAUAUUUGAUGAAAUUGAUGGAGCACCAACAACAUCAAUUGAUUUAUUAAUACAAUUUGUUCAAGGUAAAUUAACAACAAAAGGUAAUAAUAAUAAAAAACAAAAAACAACAAAAGAUAAUGAAUAUUGUAAAAGACCAGUUAUUUGUAUUUGUAAUGAAUUAUAUACACCAUCAUUAAGAGCACUUAGAACAAUGGCAUUUAUAAUAAAUGUACCAAAAAUAAAUCCAUCAUUACUUGCUGAUAGAUUACAAACAAUAUCACGUUAUGAAAAUAUUAAAGUUGAUAAAUCAAUAUUAAAAGAUUUAGCUGAUAAAUCUGGUUGUGAUAUACGUUCAUGUCUUGGUGCAUUACAAUAUAUGGGUAAUGAUGUUACAAAAGAUAAUAUAAGUCUUGGUACAAAAGAUACAAAAAUUGGUUUAUUUGAUGCUUGGCGUAAUAUAUUACAAAUACCAUCAAAAAAAUUAGGUAAUUUAACACCAUUUGAUAAAGUACAACGUGUAUUACGUAUUGCACGUGAUGAUAAUUCAGAAAGAUUUGCAAUGGGUAUAUUUGAAAAUUAUCCAUUAAAUUGUAUUGAUGAUAUUAAUUUAAUUGUUGAUGCAAUUGAUUGGUUUACAUUUUAUGAUGAAAUAACAACAAUUAUUAGAGAAAAACAAGAUUGGCGUGUUAUGUCAUAUGCAAAUUAUUCAUUUGUUGCUUGGCAUUUAAGUUUUUCAACAUUAAAAAAUCCAAAAUUAAAUUUUCCAUAUGUAACAAGUGAAGCUAAUCAAUUAUUAAAUAAUAAUAAAAAUAUAUUAGAAAUCGCAAAAAGACAUUGUGGUAUUGAUGGAAGAGUAUUACUUCUUGAUGUUGCACCAUUUUUAUCAGAAUUAUUAACACCAAAAUUACGUGCAUUAGCUGGUCAUUUAUUAUCACCAAAAGAAAAAGCUGAAUUACAAAGACUUGUUGAUGUUAUGCUUGAUUAUGGAUUGACAUUUGUACCAGAUCGUAAUCAAGAAGAUGGUACUAUUGAUUUUGUACUUGAACCAAAUCUCAUUGCUCUUGGUACAUUUCCUGAUUGUAAAAUACGUAGAGGUUUACCAUAUGCUGUUAAACAAAUUGUUCUUAGAGAAUUGGAAUAUGGAAAAGUUAAUAGACAAGCUAAUAUUGGUAAAAAUAAAAAUAAUGAUGAAGGAAAAAAUAUAGCUGUAAGAAAAACACAUGAUAAUAAUGAUAUAAUUGAUGUUAAAAAAACAUUUAGACCAAUCCAUCUUAAAGAUAUGGAAACUAUUAUUGUUCCUGUUAAAAAAAAACUUAUGGGUGAUGUUUUUGAUAAUUUUUUAAGAAAACCACCAACAAAACCAGCAGCAACAACAACAACAACUGAUACUAGUCCUUUGAAAAAAAAACUUGAUGUUAAAUAUCGUUCUUUUAUUAAAACACAUGGAGUUUAUUAUAAAUACAAAGAAGGAUUUAGUAAUGCAAUUCGUCGAAAUAUUAAAAUUGAUGAUAUUUUAUGAUUAUUUUAUAUUUUUGUAUUAAAUAUUUAUUUAAAAAUAUAAAUAUUUUGAUAUUAUUAUU